AUGUACAAAUCAGCCGCCCUCGUAUCCUUGUUUAUCGCAAGUGCGUCGUGCCAACAGCUGUGGGUGGCCAUUCGUAUACAGGCCGUCGACAGCCCUUGCUUGGGCUCCUUUACGACGACGGUGACACCACCGGUUAGCUUUCUCACCGUCACCUCUACCUCCAUUGAGCUUGUGACCGCGACGCGUACAGACAACACACUAGAGGUGACGACAACGACUGAGACCGAAACCUUGACCGCAAGUACGAUCAAGACGGAGCCGACUUUCGUCUCCGAUUUCACGACCGCGACGCGAUUGGACACUGUCACAAUAACCCAAACUACGAUUGAGACGCGCACAUCGACAGUCACCACCACGAUCUUCACUACUGUGCGCGUAGAGCCCAUAAAGAAGCGCAAUGAAGACGGCGUGGGUCUUGUUGCCCAGACUACAGCUUUCCACGCGCUGGAACAGCGCCAGAACAGCGGUGACGACUCCAACAUUCCUCUGUGCCCGGGUGUCCAGCCCGUCACCGUCACAGCUUUAGCGCUGAGCACUACGAUCACGAUCGCCACCACUAUACAGCAGACAGGAACCGUCGCAUUAGGGCUCACAUCAGUUACUGCCACGACCGCGACGCAGCCGGAGACAUACAUAGUCACGAGUAUCGUGAUCGCUACGGAGACGACCUCCGUAAUAUCUACCAUCAAUGAGAUGGUCACGACCACCAUGCCCACCACGACUACCACUGACACGACAACGACGACAUCCGUCACAUCAACCACUAUCAGCAUUGUUCCCCCGCCAUGCCGAGUCUUCGUACAGGGAGGGAGCCAUGAUCGCCAGUACGUCGCCAUCAUGGAGCAUCCCGUACCGCACGCUGCGCUCGUCGAAGGGACCCCGGACGAGACCUCCAUGGACCCCGCCAAAGUCGCCAGACUCAUGGGAAUGACCAACGAGCGGCGCUUUGGCACGGCCAGCUCGGCGCAACCCCUCGCCCUUCUCCGCUUCGGCCUCAACGAGACGGGAUCUGCACGGGCCGCCACGUCUCCCUCCGACAUGCAGUUUUCCGUUGGGCCUGGUGGCGUCGUGAACAUUCGCCAAAAUGGCGAGUCAAUCGAUAUGAUGGCCUGCCCUAUCGGCGGUGGCGGCAGUCUGGCGAUCAACGCACAGGAGACGACUACCGACUGCAAAGCGGUCAAACUUGUCGCCCAGAAAUACCUCAAUAACUUUUCUGAAAUACCCUUUUAUUUCCUUUGA